AAGCUUGAUUGGCUUAAAAUAGAGCUUGAAAAACGCUCUUGCAUCGAGACAGGGGAAAAGCUCCGUUCGUGUCUUCCCCAACCUUUUUUUCGAUAUUCUUCUGUUGCUUUGUGUUGUUGUUCCCUUCUCUCUCUCUCGGACAUGACGAUCCCUGCGGCUCUUGUCUUUAUCCCUGUUGGUGUCCUCUUCUUGAUCUCUGGGCUCAUUGUCAACAUCAUUCAGCUCGUGUUCUUCAUCACUGUUCGUCCGUUCUCAAGAAGUUGGUAUAGAAGAAUCAACAAAACUGUUGCGGAAUUGCUUUGGUUGCAGCUCAUAUGGUUGUUUGAUUGGUGGGCUUGUAUAAAGAUCAAUUUAUACGCCGAUGCAGAGACUCUAGAGCUAAUUGGGAAAGAACAUGCACUUGUCUUAAGCAAUCAUCGAAGUGACAUUGAUUGGCUUAUUGGAUGGGUCAUGGCUCAGCGUGCAGGUUGUCUUGGAAGCUCUUUAGCCAUCAUGAAGAAAGAAGCCAAGUAUCUUCCGAUCAUAGGUUGGUCGAUGUGGUUUUCGGAUUACAUUUUCUUGGAAAGAAGUUGGGCUAAGGAUGAGAAUAACCUCAAGGCAGGUUUUAAACGACUUGAGGACUUUCCUAUGACAUUCUGGUUGGCUCUUUUCGUUGAAGGAACUCGUUUCACUCAGGAGAAGCUUGAAGCUGCUCAAGAGUACGCUUCUUUCCGAAGCUUACCGUCUCCUCGGAAUGUCUUGAUUCCUCGUACAAAGGGAUUUGUUUCGGCGGUGUCUCACAUACGGUCAUUUGUUCCUGCAAUUUAUGAUUGUACCGUAACCGUUCAGAACAAUCAGCCUACACCAACUCUGCUUAGGAUGUUCAGUGGACAAUCAUCUGAGGUAAAUUUGCAGAUGAGACGUCACAAAAUGAGCGAGUUGCCAGAAACCGAUGAUGGCAUUGCACAGUGGUGCCAAGAUCUAUUUAUCACCAAGGAUUCUCAACUUGAGAAAUACUUCACAAAAGAUGUGUUCAGCGACUUGGACGUUCACCAAAUCAACCGGCCAAUCAAACCAUUGAUCCUGGUCAUCAUUUGGUUAUGUCUCCUUAUAUACGGUGGUUUUAAGCUAUUCCAAUGGCUCUCCGUGGUGGCGUCGUGGAAGAUCAUUUUUUUGCUUGUGUUCUUCUUGGUGAUUGCAACUAUAACAAUGCAAGUACUAAUUCAAUCGUCUGAGUCACAACGUUCAACUCCUGCCAAGAGACCUCUACAAGAACAACUUAUUACUGCCUAGCUAGGACAAUAAAAACCUCUGUUUAAGUCACAUUGCAUUGUUCCUUAGCUUCACUCAACCAUUGAAACAUAAUUGCUUUUGUUUGGUGUAAACAGUUACACUGUUAAUCUAGUUUAAUCACCAAGUCUUGUCUACUCAACAACCAAAAUUUCAUUGUGAAAUUUAUGUAUAUAUUUUAUGUUUCCAAAUGUUUUUUUAUUUAAAAAUAACUAUUGAAUUUGACUUUGUGAA